AUGGAAACGAAAAGUUUAACAACCUCAACUAAAACGAACACAAAAAAAAGGGAAUUAAGAAAGGAAAUACCUAAAGAAUUAGAUAUUAAUGAUGUAUACAAUCCCAGAUACGAUGUUACCCAAUUAAUGUCUACUAGAAAAAAAUUAUUUGCUUCAAAAAAACCGCCUAGACCACCAAACAGUUAUUUUUUGAUAAAAAAUUGUUACAUGUUAGAAUUACGCAGAAUCGGUUUACGAUUUACAAUGCCUGAAUUAUGUAUCCAGUCAAAGAAACUGUGGAAAGAAGCACCAAAAGAAGUCAAAAAUCGUUACGAAGAAAUGCAAUCAAAAGCUCAAAGUAUCCACAAUGAAUUAUAUCCUGGAUAUAAAUUCAGACCAAGAAAAAAACAAACUUUUAAAAUGCACACUUUUCCCCACGAAAAUUCUGCUAAUGUUACAACUUUUAGUUCCACGAAUUAUUUGAAUAGGCAAUUGGAUAAUUAUUCAGAACCUGAAGUUAGAUCUCUAGCAUCUUCUAAUUCUUCAGAUUCCCCCAAAACUAAUCAUUCGCUGGCUGAAUCUGAAAUUUCUACUCCUACACAUCCUGAAUUCUUUAAAUAUUCUCCAACACUUUCAAAUUUAAAAAUGCACACUUUUCUUCACGAAAAUUCUGCUCACACUUUUCCCCACGAAAAUUCUGCUAAUGUUACAACUUUUAGUUCCACGAAUUAUUUGAAUAAUUAUUCAGAAUCUGAAGUUAGAUCUCUAGCAUCUUCUAAUUCUUCGGAUUCCCCCAAAACCAAUCAUUCGCUGGAUGAAUCUGAAAUUUCUACUCCUACACAUCCUUAUUCCUUUGAAUAUUCUCUACCACUUUCAAAUCAAUUUGACAAAUUUUGUUUCGAUAAUAAACAAACAACUGGUUCAUUACCAAAUGAAGAAUUUAAUGAAUCGUUAGAAAAUUUUGACAUUCAAAAUCUUCAACACACACAAUGUAGUAUUUCGCACAUUUAUAAUCAAAACGAAAAUUUAAAUGUUCCUAUAGUCAUAGAUGCUACUUUUUUUGACCUAGAACAACAUAUCAAUUUUGGAUACAUUGGAUAUGAUCCUUUUGCACUUUAUUAG